UAUUGUGGCUGUUGUAACUUCAGUUAGCCGGCGACAUUAUAAAUACAAGUGGCCGAAGGCGCGGCGCAUAAGUCUGUUGCGAUUGCGCGCUAUUGCACGCGAAGGCGGGAAAAGUUUGACGUUUCCAGAAAAGUCGCCAUGUUUGUUUUGAAGUCUGCACUCCUGCUGGCGGCAUUGUCCUGCGCCGCAUCACAGCAGGGCCCCACCACGACCCCGGUGCCGAUCCUCAAGCAGAUCAACCGACAGAAUGACGAUGGCUCCUACAGCUUCGGAUAUGAAGCAGCAGACGGCUCCUUCAAGAUUGAGACCAAGUAUCCCAACGGAGACGUAGCUGGAAAGUACGGAUACGUCGACGAGGCAGGAAAGCAGAGAGAGAUUUCUUACGGCGCGAGCAGUAAAAGGGGAUUCGAGCCGCAAGGAACUGGAAUCAUGGUCCCCCCUCCGACGUUGAACGAUCCAUCGUCCCACAACGCUCUCACCGACGGCCAGGAGGAUGACGGACAGUAUCGGGAGGACCCGAAAAUAUACGAAGACCCGAAGUACAACGGCCGCUCCCAAUCCCGCCCGAGCGCUAUCAGGCAAUUCUUGAAGCCAUCCCAGCCUGAACCUCAAUACCAACAGCAGACGUAUCAGCAGCCUCAGCAAUACCAGCAGCAGCAGUACCAACCUCAACAGCCGUCUGCUUUCCGCUCGGGUCCACUUUUCUCCCAGCAGACCAGUCUUUUCAACCAGGCUCCUCAAACUUUCCCUCAGGAAAGGCAGCAGAACCAAAUCUUCCACCAGCAGCCCCAGUUCUCUUACCAGGUCACUUCGCAGCCGCAGUACAACCAGUACCAACCACAAUAUCAGCAGCAGUACCAGCAACCGCAAAACUACCAGAAUUAUCAGACACAAAACUACAAUCCCUUCACAGGACACCCGGCGCAGAAUUUCGAUCCCAACACGGGGUCAUACACUAUUGACUUCACUGGUUAAUUUUAGUAAGAGAUAGGAUAUCCUAAUAGUGCAAAUCAAGUUUGGCAUGUUAUCAGGCAUGGUUUGUUUACAUAGAAAUUGAGAACGGUUUUAAAUACACUGCAUCUGAACAGGGUGCCUAGCCAAGGUGACAAUCGCUUGCGCUGCGUCAACGAAAUGACAAACUAUGUUUAUUAAGGUGUUAUUUACCCAAAGCAAUACGAAAGGAUUUUUUUUUUAAUUUUGUAUAUUUAGUGCUAGUCAAUUAUAAUGUGUAGAUAUAAUUUUGACUUUAAUGUAAUUACUGUACCUAACUAAUGUAAAGUACAUAAAGUAAUCAAUUAUCAUUUGUAUUUAGUAUGUUAUACUCGUAGGUGGUUACGAGUAUUAUGAAGUACAUGGAGUAUUGUAGGUACAUAUAUAUGUAUGCAACCUAACACAAUAGGUACACUCAGUUUACACUUACACACUAAUUAAAUUAUUGCACAAUCUAUAUUUCAAUGCUUUAAAUUAAAUAUUGACUUUGAUGAUAUGUAUUAUAUUAGCAGCCCCGUACCACGAGUUGACACUUGACGUUUACGUUAGCGACUUAGUAAACUCGAUCGCAGUACAUCUCCCUCGAUGUGUUGGUGCGAUACAGAGCAAAGAGAAUAUAAUCACUAAUACAGAGGGAAUACGAACGAGUUCACGCAGACGCUAACGUAAAUGUCUGGCACGAAGUAAUUAAAUUUCAGUGAUAUUGUGUGUUACCUAUAUAAUAUGGGAUCUAAAUUUACUUAUACAUAGGGUAAUACACCAGUAACUGGCCACUUUUCGUAACUGGCCGGCCAAAACAAAAAAAUGAAUUCUAUUCACCUAUAAACAGAAUUCAUUUUACAAGGAAGAGUACCCAACUGUCCGACUCCGAUUUGAUUUAUUUUGAUAUAUGUUAUAGAGUAGUCUAAAAUAACGGUCAUUUUUUUUAAAUGAGUUUGUGGUUUAAAAAAAAAAUAUAAUAAAUAAAUAUAAUAAAUAUAUUUUUAUAUAAAAAAUGAGUUUGUGGUGAAAUGACAAAACACGUCCCCAUUCUUUAUUCAUGUUCUCCAACAUAUAACGAAACCAGUAAUUAAUUAUCAAUUUUUUUGAACAAGUCUCUUCUCAGAAAUUAGAAGGUUUGGUCAAUUUUCAGUACUUUGAAGGCCACUUUCUCCUAACAGGUUGAGUUUGGGCAGCUAAAAAAAAAUAAGUGUCCGUUAUUUUAGACUACUCUAUAACAUAUAUCAAAAUAAAUCAAAUCGGAGUCGGACAGUUGGGUACCCUUCCGUAUAAGGUUUCAAGGCCAGAAACCUUAUACUAAAAUGAAUUCUGUUUAUAGGUGAAUAGAAUUCAUUAUUUAGUUUAGGGCGGAAAGUUACUAAAAGUGGCCAGUUACUGGCGAAUUACCCUAUAUUUAAUAUAGUCGCGUGUACAUAAACCAGGCUUGUCACAUUACUUUUCCUGUAAUUAGCAUACAUAUUAUAUCGCAUAUCGUAACAAGCUAACAUUCCCACUGCAAUGCUUUCUUAUGAAACAACCAAUAAAGAAUCAAUUAUUCUACGCUGCGUUUGAGUAUGACGCAAAAUGGCCGACGAGACGCGUGCCGAUUGUAAAUAUCGAUUAAAUAAAUGUUACGUGUA